AACAAUGUUGUCGUAAAACACGUGGUUCCAAAUACUAUAUAAAGUCACAGAAGAAAUAUAUGAUGCAAUAAUAGAUAUCUUUUGAUAAAAUGACCAGAUUCAAGCACAUGCUCAUAUUUUCAGGAUAUGCAAAGAAUAUUCUUCGUAGUUUUACAACAAACAAAGUUUUGAGAAUGGCGGCAGUUGCAGAUGGUGAACUAGCACUAAAAAUGAACGGCAUGGAACGCAUACCCCGUCCAUUCGUUAUUGGAGUGGCCGGAGGAACAGCAUCGGGAAAGUCAUCAGUAUGUGAUAAGAUCAUGUCUCAGCUAGGACAAGAUGAUAUGGACAGAAAACAAAGGAGGGUAGCCAUUAUUAAUCAAGAUUCUUUUUACAAAACUCUGAAUGAAGAAGAAAAAAAGAAGGCAUUAAAAGGCGAAUUUAAUUUCGAUCAUCCAGAUGCAUUCGAUUGGGAAAGAAUGAAAAAUACAAUGAAUGAUGUUAUAAAAGGGAGAAAAGUUAUGAUACCGGGGUAUAACUAUGUAGAGAACAAAAGUGAUGAGUCGUGUCAUCCAGUUUACCCAGCAGAUGUUGUAUUGUUUGAAGGAAUACUUGCCUUUGCUGACAAAGAAUUGAGAGAUAAGUUUCAUAUGAAGCUUUUUGUUGACACAGAUCCUGACACAAGGUUAUCUAGAAGAGUUUUACGUGAUACAAGAGAAAGAGGAAGGGAUAUAGAACAGAUUUUACAUCAAUACACAUCACUAGUCAAACCUGCCUUUGAAGAAUUCUGUUUACCAACAAAGAAGUAUGCAGACGUCAUCAUUCCAAGAGGAGCUGAUAAUACAGUGGCUAUAGAUCUGAUUGUACAGCAUAUUCAAGAGUUAUUAAGACCAACAAAACAAACAGUUAAAAGAUCCAGACAUAACUCUGAUUCGUUUGUGGGACGACCGCAUUGAUCAUGUAUUUGGAUCAAUGAAUAGUGGGAUAUUCCUAUUGAUGUUUUUACUAUUAAAUGGGUCGCAGGACAUGUAGUGAAACAACAGAAGACUGCAUUUAUCAAUUAUUUUAAUGAAUGAAAUACUUCAUUAAGUAAUUUUUAACAAUGAAGUGGUGCAAUUUUUAGAAAUUUGAGUAGCGUGUAAGAAGUAUAUUCUUAUAUGAAUAGAUGACACUUAUUAGUAUGUUUUUGAAUUUAAAAGAGAGAAACACAUACAAGAUUUAUAUGGAAAGUAUGUUUACCAAAAAAGGGGGUUACAUUAUUGGUCUGGGAUUUCAUGAUGGUAUAUUUUAUUUUGGUACCUGUUAGUGCUAUACAACAUUACUGUUUACAUCAGUUUCACAUAUAACAUCAAAGUUAAGUUCAUUGAUAACAUUGUUCUGCUAUAGGUACUGUCUGACACGUAAUUAUAGAGGUAGUUUAAACCAGCAUUUGUUGUAGACAAAAAAUGUCUAAAUUGAAGAGUUGUAUUAUAAUAAAAAAAUGUUUUAAUUAUCAUUAUAUACUGUAAAUUCAGAAAUUAUUGUGUGUAUUUAUUAUUGUGAUUUUUGAAGAAUGGACAAAAAUGCAAGAUUAAUUAUUGUGAUUUUAGGUAAAUCUACAUACAUAUAUAUGUAUCAGAUACCAGAAUAUGAGUUCUUAUAACAAAAUGUAUUGCGAUAAUCACCAAGUCGCAUUAUUCGCAUUAAUAAUAACCUUGCAAUAAUUUUUGAAUUUAUAGUAUAUCAGUUCAAGUGUCAAUAUGAAAAUGUGGCAUCGUUAUGAGAUACUCGUCAUUAUCAUCUAUACCCAUCAAGGAUCAGGUUAAAAAAUGAAGACAUAAACAUGCUAAAGGUUUCACACAUUAUUAACUUUUUCUGAUGUUGAAAUUUAGUUGUCAAUACUGUCAAUUGUUUAUGUGUAAUUUGUUGUCACAUGUCAAGGGUCACAUUCAGGGGUCACAUGUCAGGGGUCUUAUUCACAUUUUUUUUGUUUAAUUCUCUGUAGAUAGUAGAGUAACAUGUUAGUUGUCACAGGUUUAAAUUUAAGGGUUUAAAAUUGAAGUCUUCCUUUUCUAAAUUAUAAUUUUCUUUAUAUUGCUUCUCAUACAUAUUGUAAACUAGUUUUUCUAUGUUUCGUAUCGUCUUGAAAGUGUAUUUUAUGAUUACUUUUAUUAUAAGCAUAUGGAUAUUUCUAUUUUCAUACCUUUUGGAGAUUAUUUUUCAUGCUCAACAUGUGUUCAUUGUUCAUUGCAACUGUUAAUUCCAUAUUGAAGAUGGCAACUCCACAAAUACAGUAUUAAUUUAUUAAUUAAUUUACAUUACAGUAUACUUAAUUAACCUUUUGGUAACAAAUAUAGAUCAUUUAGAUGCAAACUUGAAAGUUUUUUUUUUUUAAUUAGAAGUUUUGUCUCAUUUAUGUAUACCUCACUUCCUUUUAUUUAUUUUGAUUAAAUACUUCUUCCUGAGGUGUGUUUGACACAAGUAUAUGUGUAAAUGGUGGUGAUGCUAAGAGAAAACAUAACAGAACAAUUGUGAGUGAUACAAAAACUAAAAUAAUUUAUUAUUGAUUUUAUAUCAGUUGAUCUGAACUGUAUCCUGGUUGUUUCAUUGAACAUAUUUUAAUUAAAAAAUAUAAAAGAUCA